CUUUGUUGAGCUCAUUGGGCAAAAAAGAAAAAACACAUCCCUUUCUCGUUUUUUUAAUUUAUUUUUUUAUUUUAUUUUUGCCCUACCCAGGUAAAGUCUGGCCCAGGGUCUGUCUGAGAAAGUGGCCUAACCCUCCCACAGUGGGGUGUGUGUGUGUGUGUUUUCUGCUGCGCUCUGGGCCGGUUUCUAUUCAAAUGUGGGUCAGGGGUGAGGAAGCCUAACGUCAUAAGCUUGCAACAUGGCGUCCCGAAGGCUGUGAGAUGAGCAGGAGGAUGGUGAAGAACGCUUGAGAACGGUCCUACUGAUGUAAAAAGCUUUAGGUGGUGCACGUGUCGGAAGACAGCGAGAAGGAAGGAGGAAAUGGAACUGCCAAAUCAUGCCAAACAACUGCUGCUGCAACUCAACCAGCAGAGAGCCAAGGGCUUCCUGUGUGACGUUAUCAUUGUGGUGGAGAAUGCUCUAUUUCGCGCCCACAAAAAUAUCCUGGCAGCCAGCAGCAUUUACUUCAAAUCUCUGGUCCUCCAUGAUAACCUUAUUAACCUUGACACGGAGAUGGUCAACCCCUCUGUGUUCAGACAGGUUCUGGACUUUAUCUAUACUGGAAAGCUCCUGUCUUCAUCAGACCACAGCAGCGAGCAAAACUUCAGUGCCCUCUUGACCGCAGCCAGCUACCUCCAGUUACAUGACCUCGCUGCUCUGUGCAGAAAGAAGCUCAAGCGCAGUGGUGGGAAGCCCCUACCAGGAAAACCCUCCACACCAGGUCCACUAAGCCGCUUACGCCUCAACAACCAGCGUCUUUCCUCUUCUACACCUGCUGGGCCCAACAACCACUAUCCUCCGACCCCUUCCGACAACGACCAACCACAGCCAGAUGAAGGCCUUCGGGACAAACUGUCAGAUGACGAAUUGUUUGUCGGGAGCACUGGGAAGACUGGAAAUGGGGGAAACGGCAGCAGUAAUGGUAAUCUCAGCAGUGGUGGAAGUGCGGGGGAGCCAGAUCUCGGGCUAGAUCUGUCCAAGAAGAGUCCUCACUCUGCUGGCACAGCCACUGAUGCCCUUAGCCCACACAGCAACUCCCAAGAGUCCCCCCAAUCUGCCUCAGUAUCCACAACCAACAGUGCCUCACUGGAUGACUCCUCAACCACCCUGCCAGGUGUAGACACAUGUGUCUCAGAGAAUAUGGAGCUGAACUCCUCCAAAACGCCAGAGGAAUCCCAAAACCAGUCCGAGGGCCCACCACCCCAGAAAAAAACCCGACAUGCUGCUCGUAAGAACGAAUGGCCCAAAAAAGAGGCAUUAGGGUUGAAGUCUGAGGAUCAUGACAGGCCUCUGGUUAACGGAGUGAUUGUAGGUCCUAAAAAUGGCCGCUCCGCUGGUGCUGAUGGAGGCAGUGGUAAAAGCUUUACGUCUGACCAGUCCUUCCAGUGUAAAGAUGAGGAAGAUGUAGGAGUGAACGGCCAGGACCACAGUGAAGAAAGUGGCCAGAGUGAUGGAGAGAGCACAGGAGCUGGAGGAGGAGCAGGAGGGGGACACCACAGCGCUAACUAUGUGUACCGGCAGGAAGGUUUUGAGCCAGCGUUUGGGGACAACCUCUAUGUGUGUAUUCCCUGUGGUAAGGGCUUCCCCAGUUCUGAACAACUUAAUGCUCAUGUGGAGACCCACACUGAAGAUGAGCUCUAUAUCAAGGAAGAAGGAGGGACCUUUGUCAAAGAGGAAGAGGAGGAGGAGGCCGAGGACCUCUCUGCCCCUGUAGGUCCCUCCAGCUUCAGCUCUGAAACACGUCCGUUCAAGUGUACCGUGUGCAGCAAGAGCUACAAAGACCCUGCAACUCUGAGGCAGCACGAAAAGAGCCACUGGUUGACCAGGCCCUUCCCCUGCAACAUCUGCGGCAAAAUGUUCACCCAGCGGGGAACCAUGACGCGCCACAUGCGCAGCCACCUGGGCCUCAAACCUUUUGCAUGUGAAGAGUGUGGCAUGCGCUUCACGCGGCAGUACCGCCUAACGGAGCACAUGCGAGUCCAUUCUGGGGAGAAGCCGUACGAAUGCCAGCUUUGUGGUGGGAAGUUUACCCAGCAGCGCAACCUCAUCAGUCACCUGAGAAUGCACACCUCACCCUCUUAGAAACGCAUCAAGCCAAAGAACUACUGGAAUAGAGAAAAAGGAACAUUUUUUCACCUUUUUUCCAUCUCAGAAGCAAAGAAACACACACAUAACACACACACACACACAGUUCUUGAUACUGAUUCCAGUUUACGACGCCCUGGCUAAGUGAAUGGUGUAGCUGCUCGCCACAGUGCUCUCUCUUGGUGAUGGUGGAAUCCCUUUGAUGCAAGGAUAGGGUCUUUGGUUAUAGUGAAUGAUGUGUGCUCGCCUCUCAGGUGUUUUUAGAGGGACUAUUUACUUGUGUCUCUCUCCAAAGUCACAAAGCCAUGGUGGAGAGGCACAGUUGAUUAAAUGUGAAUGUGGGCACCUCGUCCCCCUCUGCCACCUUCCUCUCUCCGUGGUUUAAGCAAUUAAACCUUAAUUGUUUUUCUCCCCAUUGUUCCUAAAACAACUUUUGACCAAAAAAAAUAUCGGUGCAAACAAAACUGGCAAUAAUACAGCAAGAAGAAAAUUUUUACCCUGACAGCUUUAUAUCCUUUAUGAUGUUGGUGAUGCUAUAUGUAUAAAAGAGGAGGGGUAACUGGGUAUGGGACCAUCUCUGUGCUUUACCUGAAAGCACAGAAAGAAAGGUUUUUCUCAGGAGGACAUGUUUGUUUGUAGAAAACAACAAAUAUUCUGUGUCCUCUCUGUGGCUGUUUUGCAUUGAUAUAGACGAGAGUUUUUAUUCAUUUUUUUUUUUUUUUUUUAGAUUUGCCUGCUAGUGCUCCAAGGAAAGAAGCUGGAAAGAGAAAUUCCCUUGUGGUAGUACUCAUACUUUAAAAGCUUGUCAUGUUUCAGUGAAUGUUUUAAACUGGAAGGUCUUGGGAUUUUUCUUGAUAAGUGUGGGUGGGGGGUUGGGGUUGUAGGGCAGGGUGGGAGGUUUAAAGGGGUUGCUUUAAACCGAACGCUACGUUGAGUGGGUACGUUAUAUUUUUGUGUAUAGCUUUCCUCCCCUUGGAAAAAAAAAGAAGUCUAUUUAUAUAUAGGCUUGUGACCUCGCUACCUCUGAUUACUCUUACAAACUCUGUUGAUUUAGUUAAAAGUUGCUUGUGUAAUUAAUUGUAAAAAGUGUGUAGAUUAUGUAACUUCUCACCUAAUGCUUUACCCUGCCCAUCUCUCAACACAGGUUUUUAAUGCUCAUAGAUUUUACACUUUCUGAUUUGUUUUUAGCCGUUAUUUGUACAAGAUAUAGCUUUUUUUUUUUUCUUUUUUUUUCCAGGGCCUUGGUCAACAUGGCCCUCUAUUCAGUGUGUACUGUAGCAUCCUGCCUGGAGCAAAUAGUGGUUGGUUGGUUGGUUAGUUUUAGAUGUAUAGCGUUCCAAAGAUCUCAUGAAUGUCGAGGAGAACUGAGCUAACUAACGAACAUUGCUAGACAAGUUCAUAACCAAAGUUUUAAAAAGAUGUACUUAAGAUAUAUAGCAUACUAAAUUAUUUCUCUUUUGAUUUCCUUUAUUCCUGUAUAAAACAAAUUAAGAAUUAUAUUCUAAAGUCCACGCAAAGAAAUCCACCCUUUUUGUGAUUGUUUUGGCCAAUGACUGAGGCUUGCAAUGGUUCUUGUGGUUUUGCAAGGAAAAGCUUGUGCUGAUUGGUGGGCCGGUGGGGGUGUAAAAACUUUACCACCUGAUAGGGGUGGAAAAAAGUUUAAGAUAUGUUCACUGAGCAUGUUUGUCCCGUUUCUGUUUUUCUUUUUUUUUUUUUUGUGUAUCCAGAGUCCUUAUCACUUUAUAUUCCCUGACUUUAAAAACAGGACUUGAUGACAGUUUGUGUUCUGUUCAUACCAAAAACAAAAAAGAAAAAAAAAAGAUAGGAUCUAUAAUCAGAAUUUUAAUGUGAAAUUUAAGUUACUCAAGUUUUUUCUUUUUCAGUUUUUUGAGCCAGAUUUGUUAAAACUUGUCAUAAGAAAAGGAGACAUAGAGAUGCACUGGACAGCGUUCACUAAAACUACUUAAGUUAUUUAAAAAUCUUUUUAAUAUGUACCUCAUCAAAUGCAACUAGAAGUAGAGAAUGGCUCUGGGUCAGUUCACCCCUUGACUAAUUUUUACCCCAAUUUUUUACAUAUGCCUAUUUUCUUUUCACAUCCCAUGUACCUAAACCCUGCUACACACUGUUUUGAAAAUCCGACUGUAUUUGAACAUGUCACGCUGUGCACACUUGAUAUACCAUCCUGAUAGUAACCAGUGUCACACUGUAAGAAGACUGCUCGAUUUAUUACUACAGCACCAAGCGCCAAGACCAGUAUCAAUCCAACAAUGACUGCACAGCAAGCUACAGCUUUUAACUCUUUGGCUCUUAUUUUUUACCCUAAAUUUGAAUAGGAGAGGCGUAUGAGGAAAAGGAGACCGCCAUGGAACCGCUGAUGGCUGUAGAAAGGAGAACCAUAAUUAGUUGGUUGUAGCAGUGGUCAAACAGCAGGGUUUUCCCAGAAAACUUCAGCCUGAGCCUGUCACAUUAAACAAUUAUAGACUGCCAGUUAAAUCGUUUAACAAAAAUUGGAUUCCAGCUUUAAACCGUUGCAUAUUUAUUAUUUCUUCGAGUUGAUUAGUUUUAUGGAUUAAAUAAUUAGAAGUAUGCUGUACAUUUAGACUAUAUUUUAUGCCAGAUUUCCAUUUAACGUAAACAUUUCUGAUCCCUGUUUGACACCUAAUUAAUAACUCGGUAACUCUUAGUAAAUUUUGACCUCCUGUUAUUCAAAAAUAUUCUCUAUUAGUCCUAUAUUCACAUUUCCUUAAAGUACACCAUAUUGAAUAUACAAUAUUACUUUGAAUCAUCACAAUCAACAAAACAAUGAAGACCAAAACUCCAGUACUCCUAGAGAAUGGCUCUUCUUCUUUGUCUGUUUCACUGUCCAGUGCAUCUACUCUUAAAACUUCCACUGUGGAUCAUUAGCCUUUACUACAAGUUUUUGAUAUAGGCAUUCCUCUGUAAUGUUGAUUAAACUGUCCUCUUGAGUUUAUAAUUUUUGGUAUAACCUCCUUCAUCUUCUUGUUAAGGUCUGUGAACUGUUUUCACGGUGAUGUAGCGGAAGCCCUGCAAACAUCACCAUUGUUUUUAGGUACCUGCAUCCUGGACUCCCAGAGUAGUUGCUUAAUUUAAUGUUGACUUUCUUGUUGUUCGGCAUCUGCAUGCUACAUGGGAAUUUUUCACACUCCCAACACCCUUCCAACAAAAAACAUGUUAUUUGUAGCCUGUGACCUCUCCUAGCUAACGAUGGAGUCCUUAAUGCAUUGCCUUCAAACGUAAUUGUACUUCUCAGCACCAGGUGCACUGCAGCACAAUGUCUGUAAUGCAAAAGGUGUUUGUACAUUCUUUAGCCAUCUCCGCAAAGGAUUUUUUUUUUUUUUUUUUGCAGCUUCAUUUGAAUGCCUGCUUGUUUGUCAAAACGAAGAAAAAAAACUGUGACCAUACUACUACUAUUACUAUUACUACUAGUACUACUACUCUUCAAGUACUUCAGGGAUUGUUCUGCCUGUGUGUACGCAGGCUCUCAGCUACAUUUGUUAGAUAAAGCAUUGUAUCAGUUUCUCUGUAUUUUAAACCUGGGAGAAGCAAAAGAAAAAAAAAAAACACUAGUUUCAUAUUUAAGAUGAACAGGGGGGAAUCUUUUUCAACUAACAGAAAAAGCCUUGACAAAAGGCGAGGCAGCUCAAAACAAAGUCUACAUUUUUAGUUAGUUACACAAUAUGUGCGGAAAUGGUUGCAAAGUUGUACAAAGAACUUAGAAGAAAGUGAAAUAAUAAUAAUAAAAAAGCUCAUACCCAAAUUCACAAACUAUUUUUUAAACCAAAGCACAUUUGAAUGAUUAUGGAACCAUGUGUGGCUCUAAAAAAAUAGAAAUAAACAUAUGUAUUUAUCUCAUUGUUUACAUAAACUUUUACAGUUUUACAGACCUCAAUCGAGGCUCGGCCAGUCAAAGAUUUUAUUUUAUUUUUUUUACUUUUUAUCUGGUAUGUACGUAUGUGUGUAUAAUUAAGAUGCUUUUCAACACAGAUGUUGCUGCCAAAACAUAAGCAUUACACAUGAGGUGAACCAUUACAUAUUCAAUUUGGGGAAGGGUUUAUGUGGAGUCUCCUCCCUGCCAGCUGGCUUUGGGGUGACCCUGCACCCCAGUUCUCCUGCCCUCUGGCCCAUCUUCAGAUGGGAUGGAUUGUGGGGGGGGGACUGCAUCCUUGUUAAUACCUAUUAAUCAAAAAGGCAUUGUUGGUCAGGGUCUUUCAGCUCAAUAUUGUCUCUGUGUUUACCCAAACACGCUCGAGGCAUUCCUCCUCUGCUUGAGCCCUUUUUCAAUUGGUCGUCUAACAUGGUACAUCUCUAGCUGGUUGCUCUUUAGAACCUAUCUGGAGAAUGUAGCACAAUUUGUUUUUUGUUUUUUUUCCCUUUUGUUCUUUGCAUCUGAACGGGCUCAUCUGGUAGUCUUAACUGUGAAUGUUCCUUGUUGUUUUUGUUAUUUUUUGUACUUUUAAAUUAGAUUGUAUUAUGUGGACGAAAGCAGCACAAACCUCUGGCUGGCCGAGCCUCUGAUAACGUUGACGCAAACACUUAUUGACAGUGUUCUCUCUCUUUUUUUUCUUUUUUUUAUCAAAUGUUUAUUGUCGGUGAUGAAUGUAUUUAUUUCCAGGGCUGGCCUCACCUCUUUAAAGAAUUUUCUCAGUGUGUGAGAUGGAGGUGGAGGCUGGAACCCCCUUUUUUAUUGUUUUGUUUUGAUGACUUUCAAGCUGAAUCUUAUAAGAAGCAAAACAUAGCCAUUAACCACAAUCUGUGAAGACUUUUUUUAUGGGAGAACUGUUGUAUGUUUUCUUCCUAAGAAAAUGGUCUAUGGUAUUUACACCUGACAGUCCGUAGAUUUUUUUUAUUUCAUUUGUUUAAUGAUAGGUGGGUUUUUUUACCCACAUUGUCUUGAGUUGUCACUGACUGGACACAGAGGGGAUCUGAACCUUGACUCCCCCUGUGUGCUUGUCUGUGGACUCGAGCAGGACACUGCUGCCUGUGCAGAGCGGAGGCUACUGUAUAUUUUAAAACUUGCUCUACCUGGGUGUUGCCACGCUGCUGACGCUGAAGAAAAAAAAAAAGAACUCUACAAAACAGAAACAUGCACAUAAUUCAAAUUUUUUUCCCUCUUGAUCAUUGUUAAAUUUCUUGUCUUAAACCACUUUCUCCGCCUCCUUUUGUUUUCAGUGUCUCCUUUCUCUACUUUAGCAGACUUUUUUUUCUUUUUUUAGAAACAUUGGAUAAGAUGGCUUUACUAAGUGCACUUUGUAUGUUUUUUAAACCUCCAAGGACUCAGAGGCUCUCAUAUCAUCUCCAUUUAACGCGACGGUUUUCUCUUUCUCUUCUUACCUCAUCGUUAUUAUUUGCUAAAAUGAUCUAAAACCCAUAUUAUUAUGCAGUGUUAGAAAAGCUUUAAAAUGACAUGAAGCAGGAAACCCCUCUGAGAGACAGUGCUCAGCUCUGUGUUCAUUUUGUUACUCUUCGGAUACUUUUGCAAUCCUCCUGGCUUUUUCUUUUAUUAUUAUUAUGAAGGGGCUGUGCUGUCUAGUUUUGGAAGUGAACCUUACCUUGGCAGGCUAAACCAAAGCUAGUUUUGAAUUGGCCUACAGUGCCAUUAAACCCUGUUUUAAGCUUUAUUGCCCCUUCCUUGAUCUCAGAUACACCUGACCCCUGCUCGUUAGAUCUUUUGGUUCUCUGUAAUCUUUACUGCACAGAGGCCUAUAAAUUCUCUGCUCUGCUGCAUUUUUCAGUGUUUACUGUACCUCCAGUGACACCAAAAUACCUCAACUUCCAGUGUUUACAGAAAAGUGCUGUCUUGCCAUUACAUUUAUACUGUUUUUUUUUUUCUUGCCGUCCAUCUGUAACCAAAAAGUUUAUAGCAGCAUCACAUUUUCAUACAAAACAUUUUCUUUACAUAUUUCUACGAGUUUUGUUAAGGUACACUGUCACCUUGCUACAUUCACAGGCGGACAUGAGUAGCUGCUAAAAUGUAAAGUUAGUACUUGAAGGGUUGAUUAGUGGAGCUGGGUAUAUCGAGCUUCCUCUUUGGUUUUCUUCAGGAACAGCCUCUCAAUAAUGUAUCAGGAUCUAUGGUGUUGAGAGGCUCUGGAAUGGACCUGUAGGGACUUUGCUGAUGAAUAAUUUAAAGGGCAAGAAGCCCUUCCCCUUUGGCAAACACAGAUCUCAUGCAAGAGGUGCACACGCCCAGGUGCGCUUUUGCUGCCAUGUGUUCGCACAGACCUCCAACAGUAGCACAGAUGCCACUGUCUAAGUCUGCAAAUGCGCCCUCUAAAACCAUGCACACACCACCAGUAUUUAAGGGGAGGUUUCCUGACCUUUGUUGGGGCUUUUGGCAGCACCCAGGCUGGGCACUCUCUCUCUCUCUCCCUCUCUUUAUCUUCACUCCUCAGAGAGCUCGUAUUCAGGUCUGAGCCACCGCUGUGUGUAGCGAUCGGGCUCGCAAACUCAAAGUGUCAUAAAAGUGUAAUACAGCUGACCUCAGCACUCACAAACUUGCAGUCUUAAUGUACAGCAGUGAGGAAGAAUAAACUGUUAUUUUAUCUUUUCAUUAAAAGCUUGAUUGAAAACCAA